UCAGUUUAGCUUGUUGUAUAGUUUAACUAGGUUUUUUAUUUUCAGCAAUGGAUUCGCUCACAUAACUAUAGGCAACUCACAACAUACAGUCCCCGUCUAAGAAUUUCAAAGCCAGCCAAGAUGACCAAGCACCACCAUAUUGAUGUCGCGGAAACGGUCCAAGAUCACCGUAACUUGCUCGACUGGUCGGUGACCAAUGAAACUGGAGGAGUCCAACAUCACCUGCCAAUCAGCAUGCGGUUCAAUGAUGGACACAGAUUGAGUAUAGCUGUGUACAGUGUACUCAUGGUGUUUUCCGCCAUUGCUAACAUAACCGUUUUGGUGCUGUUGGCUAAAAGAAGAAAGCAAUCGCCGAGUAAGAUCAACACGAUGUUGAUGCAUCUGGCGAUAGCGGACUUACUGGUGACUUUCCUGAUGAUGCCUCUCGAAAUAGCGUGGGCAUCGACUGUCCAAUGGAAGGCUGGAGACAUCAUGUGCCGGAUCAUGAUGUUCUUCAGGACUUUCGGACUAUAUCUCUCUAGUUUCGUCCUUGUAUGUAUAAGUGUUGACAGAUUUUACGCUGUUCUAAAACCCUUACAUUUGGCAGCUAUAGAUAGACGAGAGAAAAUGUUGCUGAUGAGUGCAUGGAUAGGGGCAGUGCUAUGCAGUGCACCACAGAUGGUUGUCUUCCACGUGGAACGUCACCCAAAUAUAACCUGGUACUACCAAUGUGUGACGUACAACGUCUUCCCGUCUUAUGCCCACGAGCUGUGUUAUACCGUUUUCGGUAUGGUGAUGAUGUACGCUUUUCCUUUGAUAGUAAUUAUCUAUUCAUACGUCUCAAUACUCAUUGAGAUAUGUCGAAGGACUAGGAAUCCAAAAAACGCUGAUAGUAUAACUAGGUCAAGCCUUCCGUUUUUGGGAAAGGCCAAAAUAAGGACUCUGAAAAUGACAAUAAUAAUCGUGUUUGUGUUUUUCGUUUGUUGGACACCAUAUUACGUGAUGAGUAUAUGGUACUGGUAUGACCGCGAGUCCGCACUGGAAGUGGACCAACGUGUCCAGAAGGGCCUGUUUCUGUUCGCCUGCACGAACUCCUGCAUGAAUCCGUUGGUGUACGGUGCCUUCAACAUCAGAGCCAGGAGAAAGGUCAGCAGAGUACGGCCAGCAAUCUACCUGAACAGCAACACCUCGAAUAACAACCAUCAUCGACCUCCUAGGGUCGUUGCAGGUCACAGGCUACCUCAGAUAGAGAUUUCGCUCAGGACGUUUGAGUAGUGGACUUGGACUAAGUGUCAGGGGGCGUACGUUAAUCACGUGAGGUAUUCAGGGAGAGGAGUGCGAAGGGGGGGAGAGUCGAAUCUCACCCAAUCUCACGUAGGAGUGAAGGAGAAUAUCACGUAUUUUUCCCGAAAGGAAUGGUGCAUGAACAUUGUGUUAAAGCAUGUUUCCUAAUUGAAAUAUGGCAAAAUUUGACACAUAAUAUUUAUCGUGGUUAUCCGAACACCGCAAAGCAGCACAGUUAAAGUAAAAUGGAGCUGAAAUAUAUUCAACGCAUUGAGACUAAGAAUAGGUAUUUGGACGAAUGUCGCGUGAGAUCGGAUCGCACCAUAUCUCAUGACAUGUCACUGGGAGAGGGGGUGUCAGAAAAUCAUCACAAGUGCAUUACAUAAUUAAUGGACAUCCCCUAAAUCAGACCGGAUGGGGUUAAGCAAUUUGGAAUCAGGUAUAUGUCUUUUUACGGUUUUUGGCGUGACAGUAAAAUCAAGAGGAACCAGAUUCAUACGUCCACCUUUCUUACACAUACAUACAGGGUGAUCCACAAGUCGUAACCAAAAACGAAGCACUAUACGCAGGACCGCAUUUUAAUGGGGGUCUUUUUUGUAACAUUUUUCUCUCGAGGUCUUCAUUAAAAAGAAUAAAAAAAAAAUAAUAUCUGCAAAACCGUCAACUGGAAUGAACUAAGAUUUGGUAUGGGGAUUUAACUAAGUAUUGUUCACAUUCUAAAGUCUUUACUGAAAAUUAACGUGCACCAGUGGCGGAGAUACAGGAGAUUA